GGGACCAAUCGGUUGUGUGUGAGAUUGCUGCCGGCCAUGACGGCGACCGACGCUGUCCUCCAUGGCCUCUUCCACGCCAUGCAUACGUUACGCGAGGUGGCGUGCUUUUCGUGCGCCGCUGUGGCCUUCUCUUCGUCGCCCUUGGCUUGGGUACGCCUGAUUGCCUUCUGCGUCGUCAUCUUCGUGCACUGGAUCGUGCCGUUGCUCGCGCCCAGCGCCUUCGCGUACGGGCUGCUACAGGCGACGACAGCGUUCAUUGUCUUCAACAUCGUCUUCAACUACGCUCUUUGCGUCUGGACCGACCCGCUGGCCGGCUCGGACGGUAGUUACCGCGGUCAGUCGUUACACAAGGCCGACGAGUACGAGUUCAACAACGAUUCGGACGAAGACGCGUCCGAGCCAAGCCUCGCUGACGUGCGUCCGCCGCGCCGUGCAGAGGACACAACCUAUUGCCGCCAGUGUCAGUUCCAGCGCCCAAGGCGAGCCCACCACUGCUCAAUUUGCCAAGUGUGCAUUGAUCACAUGGACCACCACUGUCCGUGGAUCAACAACUGUGUGGGGCUUCACAACUACCGCUACUUUUGCAGCUUUCUCUUUUGGCUGGCCGUCGGCUGCUGGUACGUGGCGCUGCUGUCGUUUUCGCCCGCUGUCGGCGCCGUCUCGCGCGAGGAAAUUGCAAAGUUUGCCAACGUCUUUAGCAGCGAGCUCCUCACGCUCGGCCCGAAAGCACUCAUGUACUGCGUCUUCUUGAUCGCGACCUCGGCCGGCCUCCUGGUUUCAUUUCUCGCGGGCUGGCAUUUCUACCUCGUUCUCACCGCCCAAACGUCGAUCGAGUACCAAAUCAACCGAUCCAAGCGCGUGCUACGUACGACCGGAGGCAAGAUUCGAUCGCCGUACUGCCGCGGCUCGAGCCACAAAAAUUGGGAAGCCGUCUUUGGACCAUGCCGGUUCAAGUGGACGAGCUUGCUCCCGAGUCGGCGGCCGACGCCUCUCCAAGAGGUCGACCACGAUAAAGACAUGGUGUAA